CAUUUACUUUGCCUGUGUCACUGUCGCGUACUUACACGUUGUCAUUUUAUGAUUAUUUUUACGCAAAUCUUAUCGGAAUUUAUAUCUUCCCAAAUUUUAUUUUAUACUUUUAUAACUUGUCAAUCAUGUCGUCCCCUGAUGAGAGUUCUCAACUAAAAGCAGGCCAUCCCCCUGCAGUCAAAGCUGGUGGUAUGAGAAUUACCCAGCACAAGAUUCCACACACAAAAGAUGGCAAGGAAUUACCAAAUGAAGACUUAACCGGACUCUCAGGACCGUCUCCUGUUCCGACCAAUCCAAUUUCAAUUGCUGGCGCUCCGAACAGAGGUAACGCUGAUUUCACGCCUCAGGCAGCAAAGGUUGCUCAUAGCCCUAAGCCUCCAGCGAUUAUCAAUAUUAAGCCCAACCCAAAUAUCCAACAACCCAGGAAGUAGACUGAUAUAGACGGUUGUGAAAGGCAUAUCAACAACAUUAGCUUAUGUUGGGUGUUUCAUACAUGAUUAUUUAUUAAAAUGAACUGCAUUGUCAAUAUUAAGAAUAAAAUAUUUUUUGAAGAAUUCAGAUGACAUUAAAUGAUAAUUUAUUUAACAAUAAAAAAUAUUAAACAUUUUUAUUCAAACCAAUGUUCAUAAUUAAUUAAUUAAUGUAACUGUAAUAAAAAGUAGUGAGAUUCAAUGUUUAAAAAAGUACUGCCAUUUUAAAAUUAAUCAACAAGCUAAAUAAGCAUUUACACUUGUGUAAAUAAUACAUUUUAAAACACCUAGCCUAAAGUUUGUUUUAAGCCUAGUGAUUAGUUUGGUAUAUAAAGAAAAUUCUUUAUUUAAAAAAAAAAAAACAUGAAAUAUAUUUAUAACUAGAAAGUCAAUAAUUUUUUAUUGUAAAUUGUAAAAUAAAGGUUAUCUUAGUAUAACAAUCUAAUAAUGGGCCUGACCUUAAAAAAUGAAAAAUGAUAUUAAAUUUUACUGGCCUUUCUUGAUUUAUUUAUAUACCUUGUUCCUUUACAAUGUAUUAUUGUGUUUGUUACGAA